ACGCAAACUAUGUAAGCAAAAAUUGUCUUUGUGCUGUCCAAAAAAAUAGGAAGCAAGAGGGCGUUAGAGACUAAACCUCUUGCGUCAACAAUCACACUCACUCGAAGUGGCAUUUUUUCGUACUCAAGAGGUUUAUUCUGCAUCAGACAAAAAUUGCGGGUUCAUAAUUUCAGCUUCUUCUAUACUAAAAGUGCAAUUGUUUUUCUGAAAAAAUAUACGAACUUGGUCCUCCUUCCAAAUAUCAAGAUGUCUUCGGCCAACGAAAAGGCUGCCGUGAUGAAGCUUGAUGCGGUCGAAGACGCGGAUGCCGUCGGUGGGCUCGGGGCUGGCGGUAUCGAGAGCAAGAAGAUCGAGGAAUGUUGUGGAGCCGGAAAUGGAGGUGGUGAAGAGACCGUAGUGGAAAUCGAAGAAGAAGGGGUGGUCGCUCCUUCAUUGAAAGUAGAAGAGAAGACCACGACGGUAGAGGAGAAGAAGAAAGCUGUAGAGGAGAAGAAGGUGGAGGAACAGGAAGUAGAGGGUGCUUGUUCCUCUGACGAGGAACAGAAGAAGGUAGACGACGCUGAGAAAGUGGCUGAAGGUGUAGUAGAGAAGAAAGUAGAAGACAAGACUGAAGGUGAGCAACAGAACGUAGUUCAUCUGGAGGAAGAAGACGAGGAUGGCGAGAAGAAAGCAGAUACAACUGCCGAAGAGGAGACGAAGAAAUCCACUAAGACGACAACCAAUUAUCAGUCCUUCUCCAAUACUAGUGGUCAUAGCUCCAACGAGAACAAUGCUCCUAGCACCAGUAACACAUCUUCUGUGCAAAAAGGCCAGAAGGGAGCCAGCAAGAAGGGCUGGAGCACUGGUAGUGGUUUCUAUGCUGGAUUUGCAGGCGGCAAAACUAGUUUUGACAAGAACUCGAAGUCCUCUAAAGGAAGCAACGGCAACCUAUACAACGGUUUUGGAGGCAAGAAGGGUACUAAGCAGAACAGCUUCGCAGGUGGUAAGGGAUUUGCGGGUGGUAUGGGCGGAAAGAUGAACAGUGGAUGGAAAGUUAAGACGAUCAGAAAAAUUUUUUCUCGAGAAAGAGACACCGUGAUCUAGUUUAGAAGUAUUGUUCUUAGAUGCUCGCAGCCUCCGCAAAGCACGUAACCAGUUUAAGGUCCUUGUCUUCCUAUUUCUAAUUCCAGCGGAGAUGGUUACAAGGGCAACUACAGCUAUGGCACCGACGGUAAAGGCGGCAACUACAACAGCUUCAACAAGGGAGGCAAUUUCAACAGUAUGAAGGGUGGCAACAAGGGUAAGGGCAAGGGAAAGCUCGGCAAGGUACAGGACGCGUACAUGGUCCAGCUAAAGCAGCAAUUCGAGCGAGAUGACUGUUAAGAAAUGUUGUUGAUCCUUUGCAUUACAAGUAGGAGAGGCCGUGAAAACAAUAACUGAAACCUUCAUCGGAAUCCUUGUGGCAUCUUCUAUCAUGAGACAAAAUGAUGGGACAACUUAUGGAUGCUUCUACUUGCAGUUAAAUUACGUCACUACAAAAGAUGGCUCCUCCCGGCUGUUAAUAGAAUAGUGAUCUCAAUCCUUACAUCUUCUAACCUUCGUAUGAGACGACAGGUAAAUUCCUGCACAGCUCUUCCACAGCUCCGGUUCCGUUGUUCGAACCGCCUGUCCAGCAGCAGAUCGCGCCGCAGAUGAUGCCGCAGCCGCGACUCAUCGCGCCGUGGGGUGCGCCGGGGAUGAUGAUGGGCAUGUCCUAAACGCCGUGUGGUGCUCUCCAUAGUUAGAGGGAGUAAGGGCAAGAUCAUGAAUCGGAAAUUUUGGAACUGUUGUAGAGUAGUAGAUCUUCAAUAGAACAAUAAAGGUACUACAAGGGGAUUGAACGGCCUCAAUCACGUUCGACUAACGUCCCACGAGGUAGCAUAACAUGAACAUGAACCAACCUACAACCUACGAACGAAGUGAAAUCUCUUCGUUUUUGGGUGCAUUAUUUCAAUUUUUCUUUCAGCUAGAAAAAAGGACACCUAUCAGAUCCUGACGUGCUAAUGAUAGGGAACAAUGAAGACUAAGUAGAUAAAAGUGUUUUUGUAGAUACUACUAGAAGAAUAUGUUUUAGAUUACAAGUACUAAAGCUUAUUACCGCUCUGCCCACACCCAUCCUGUUUUUCGUAUAAGUAUGUUGUAAAUUUCUGUUGAUAUUCUGGGUUCAUCUCUUAAUAAUUGCAUCUGAAUAAACUUCCGUUGAGUUCCUUUGUUACACUUACGAAUCGCAAAGCGAUCCUAUUAGCUAUCCUAAUCCUAUUGUUGUUUUUGUUUUUCUCCUUUUUUCUCUCUUGUCGUCUUCAUGUGACCUAAAGAAGUAACUGGUUUUGUCUAUUUCUCAUCAAAUGUUUACAACAGCCGUUUUUUUCCGUACUUCUUCAGGAAAUACCGUCAGUGUCGUCAGUUUCUGCCCAACAGGUCGUAUAGCGUUAUCCUACAAAGAUGGAAAAUGAACUGUGUAAGAGUCAGUUCGUUCUCCCCUCAGUUACCUUAAAAGGAACAAGGGGGGACGUUUCCGUGCAAGAAUUAACAUCUGUCACGAAGUUCAGAACAAAUUGUUAGUGUUUUUUUAUCGAUUUCGGGAAGGUUCUCGCUCCUGGGUCACGUAGUUUCAAUUGGUGUAUCCAACAGGAGGUUACAACUAAUUGAAAGAGCAACUAUCUCAGAAUUUCAAGAGACGAUAAAAGUAGCAAGUGUUUAGAUUUAGCUAACGAAGUUAACCUAGAUCUACUCAACGUGUUCAUCAUUCUCCGUAUUGUUGUGGGAUAGUGUAGCAUCUCACCACUGACUGAGGAUAAUCAUUUGAGGUGCGCUGAUGAUGAUAGUGUAGCAGGGGAGUGCCAUGUAGUCGCCAUUUGCGAGAUAAUAGCUCUCCUCAUGAGGGACCACGACUAUCACAACCAACUUGUAUGCGUUUCAACCUGCCUUUUUGCAUGCAACGAGAACGAAUUUGAAAAAAUCAGCAAGAUGCACUACGUUCUGGAACCAUGGCCCCUGCAAGUCAAUCCAGAGGCCUUCUAAU